CGCGGAUCGUCUCGCUACAGGAACACGCCAGGAACCUGGUCGUGUGCUUUAACGGAAGAAGUGCAAGCAGAAGAAGAUUGACUUUUGCUACGUGUUGCUUAAUAAAUCUCCAGUUCCAAUCUCCGGAGUUCUCCCAAGCUUGUAUACUACAAUAUUGGCGACCCUGCCGAGGCACGUUCAUCAGGAAUCCUGUAUCACUGGUCUAAUGAAGAUAAUGCCGAAGACAACCGACAAAGCCGAUGACGAAACUAAUUUUGACGCUAAUGAUCCGACGACAAAGCUCGCCGCUUCGCUCGAUAUGUUAUCACGGACUUUGCAGAAAAUGUCGACUUCAUCAACUUCUUCAACCAGCAUGCCAUCUAUCCCGCCGCCAGAACGUUUUACCCUGGGGAUGCUGUACCCCAGAUGGGAAAAGCAAGUCCAGUUUUAUCUGCGUCAUUUCCCAUCCAACCAACAGGCAGCUGUGCUCGCCGGCCUGCUCUCGGGAGAGGCCUUUGAUAUCGUUGCAGACAGUAAACUUUUGGAGAAAGAAGUUACAACCGAGACUUUUUCCGCCAUGCGCCG